UUGCGUUCCGACGGCGUUCACAAUCGGAUCUCGCUCGGUUUUGUCGUUUCGUGUGUGCGUGUCCUACCCUUUUUGCCACUGCUGGUCAGUGACACCAUCAUCUGUAGCCGCCAUCGUCCUUCUUCCUGUUGUUUGUGCGUGCGUGUGUUUGUGCGUGCGUGCCCUAUCCUUCCACAGUGUUUGAGCGAUUUCUAGUGCAUGUUCCUGAGGCUGUCCACCUUUCGGCACUGGUGCUGUUCCCGCCGCUCGCUGCAUUACUGCUGCUGUUGCUACUCCUGUUUUACUGCGCCGUGUUGAUCUUUGGUCACGAUGAGCAAGUUCGAAAUUUCGGACGAUGCGGACGAGCUGAACCAGGAGAUCGACGACACCAACUUCCCGACCCGCUCGAACUCGAUCAGCUUCGGUGCGGCCAACGGGAACGGGUCCACCGGGAGCCUGAACGGCGGGUACGGCCCGUUCGCUAACAGGCGCCGCUCGAGCAGCAUCCGCCGGACCGAGAGCGAGAUGACCGAGGGCGACGAGAAUGGGUACGCGGCGGGUGGCGCUGGAGCGGGUGCAGCACUUCCCCCAUCGUCCGCCGGUGGUGAGAACGGUGAGGCGGCCAACAACAACAGCGGUGGUGGUGGUGUUGAAAAUGGCGCCCCAGCAGCGAUCGCCGGCGGUCUCAACCGGGCCCGACCGACGCCGAUCCGUACGAUCAGUUUGUCAGGUGAGGCAGGCAGUGGGGCGGGAGGCAGCAUCGGUGCAACUACUACCACUAACCCUAGCAGUGCACCCCCGCUUAACACCACCCCGAGAGCCAUCAUGACGCCAGGACAUGAAAAAUGUACCUUCCACCACGAUCUGGAACUCGACCACAAACCAUCGACCCGGGAGGACCUGCUGCCGCUGAUGUCCAAGUCCUACCGGAUGCUGCUGUCGAGCCUGGGCGAAGAUCCGGAACGUCAGGGCCUGCUGAAGACUCCGGAACGGGCCGCCAAGGCAAUGCUCUUCUUUACCAAGGGCUACGAUCAGAGCUUGGAAGAGGCCUUGAACGGUGCCGUUUUCGACGAGGAUCACGACGAAAUGGUCGUGGUGAAGGACAUCGAAAUGUUCUCCAUGUGCGAGCACCACCUGGUGCCGUUCUACGGUAAAGUCUCGAUCGGUUACUUGCCCUGCAAGAAGAUUCUCGGACUGAGCAAGCUGGCCAGAAUUGUGGAGAUCUUCUCACGCCGUCUUCAGGUGCAGGAGCGGCUGACGAAACAGAUUGCCGUUGCCGUCACCCAGGCAGUACAGCCCGCAGGCGUUGCCGUCAUCAUCGAGGGAGUGCACAUGUGCAUGGUGAUGCGCGGAGUGCAGAAGAUUAACAGCAAAACGGUCACCUCGACCAUGCUGGGCGUCUUCCGGGACGAUCCGAAAACGCGCGAAGAGUUCCUGACGCUCUGCAACAACAAGUGAGCCCACAUUCUGCAUCGAUCCCAGCCGACCCCAGCACUAACGCCACCGGCGAUGAUCGAUGAGCCCCACGACGACGACGUACGGAAGGAGUAUUAAUUGCGAAAGGCGAAAGGUAAACUUUUGGCCUUCGUGCAACUCGUUUAGGGAAAUCCGUUUAGGGAAAUCGUACACUCGAUAUACUCGAUUUUUAGCUGCCAGGUUUUGAAGAUGUUAGCGUACCUUUUAUGGUUUUUGAUCGUACAGAGGAAACUGAUCCGCAUCAUCAGUGUUUUUACAUUUUGAAGCCCCACAGGAAAGCAAAUUUUACAAAUCAUACUCAUCGUUGUUAUAAAUGUCUAUCCGUGUGCCGCCGGGCGCAUACUUUGUUGUGUCCAAACCUUUCGUAAAAAGAAGGACAAUAAAUUUAGAAGCUAGUAUCGCUCUCUCUGUCACUCUAUGAAACGCAGUGGACACGAUUACGAUCGCUGAUCCCUCGCAAUAUUACAAAGUAUAAUAAAUUUUAGCCCAUACAGGUGUAAAGCAUGUUACAAUAAUCAAGCAAAAAAAAAAUCUGUGUAAAUGUAAGUGAAAAUACGCAUCGAUAUCUAUCUACACAAACACACUGUUUUACUACUCGUACGUAUACACAAAAUUUAUACAUUUUUGAAUCUGGUAUUUGCCACGCGAAUGGGUCCAAGUUGUACACAAACCAGGAAAGGAAUCUUUAUUGUUGUUUGUUAACGUUUGAUACAGUGAAAGAUUGUUAAUGAUUGAGGUGGUAAAUGUAGCGGAAGAGAAGCAACCAUAGGAGAGGUUAACACGAACGCCAAGCCCUAAUCGUUCAGCUCUAAAGCAAGGUCUGAAUAUACAACGAUUGCUGUUAGCAUUCACAUAUACACCCUGCUGUACCGAUGUAGGCCACUCUCACUCCCUGGUCCCUGGAAGAUACUACACGGCACAUCAGAUUAUAAUCGUAAGUUAAGCAUGAAGUGAGAAACUAACAUCAACAUCAGGCCAACAGCUAUAGGCAAAAAAACGCCAAUCAAACCUUAUUGUUAUACUAGCCGAUAUGUCCAUACGUGCAUAAAUAAGUGAAUAAAUGUAAACGAACAUCAAA